AUGGAUGAACAGUUAAGUAUGCUCAGCGAUGACGAGCUCGGUGUGCACGAGCAACAAAUAACAGACAAGCUAAAAGUGAUUGAAGACAAGCUCGCCCGUUUAAAAUCCCAAAAAGCACACCUACUCGAACUGCAAGAACAGAUACACAAUGUCCGGAAGCAGCGCAAACUUAUCCAAAAGACGGGUACCGAUUGGGACAAGGAAAAUUUUGCCUGGUCCUCCAAAGCACGAGAAUUGCUCAGCAGCAUAUUUUCCGUCAAACAGUUCCGACCGAAGCAGUUGGAAACGAUAAACGCACUGAUGACGGGUAAUGAUGUGCUGUUCCUUGCGCCAACCGGUUCCGGCAAGAGUUUGUGCUUUCAGCUACCGGCUUUGCUAAGCAAGGGUGUGACGGUGGUCAUUUCGCCACUUAUUUCCCUUAUGGAAGAUCAAGUGUGGUCGUUAGAACGGUUAAAAAUUAAAGCCAAGUUAUUGUGCAGCACCACCAACAAGGAUGCGAUCAGCCAGAUACACCGGGAGUUGAGUGACAAGAAAGUGCCAACACUGAAAUUGCUAUACGUUACACCGGAACGAUUGUCCAAGAGCAAGCGCUUCAUGACCGCACUGCAAAAGUGUUACAACAACGGGUACUUGGAUCGGUUUGCAAUCGACGAAGUACACUGUUGUUCCCAGUGGGGCCACGACUUCCGGCCCGAUUACAAAUUUCUCAACGUACUGAAGGAAAUGUUCCCGAAAGCACCACUGCUCGGUGUAACGGCAACGGCCACCACGAAAGUCAUCAGCGACGUACAGACGAUGCUAAAUAUUCCCGAUUCGUUACUGUUUGUGGCCUCCUUUAACCGACCGAACCUUUACUAUCACGUGCUAGCGAAACCAACCGGCAAACAGGAGCAGUACGAUCUGAUAACGAAUUUACUACUGACCCGGUUUCGCAAUCAGUCCGGAAUCAUUUACACCUACUCGAUGAAGGAUGCCGUCGACAUCAGUACCGCGUUAAUAUCGCGCGGAUUAAAGGCGGGCCCGUACCAUGCGAAUCUGGAUCCGGCCGACCGGACCAAAAUACAUCGCCUUUGGCACAGCGAGGAGUUGCAGGUUGUCGUUGCAACGGUUGCGUUCGGUAUGGGCAUUAACAAGGGCAAUGUGCGGUUCGUCAUACAUCACACGCUGAGCAAAAGUAUGGAAAACUUUUACCAGGAAAGUGGCCGUGCCGGGCGGGAUGGUGCACGCGCGGAGUGUAUACUGUUGUACCACUUUUCCGACUUGUUUCGCAUCUCGACGAUGACGUUUUCCGAGUACACCGGGCUGAAGAAUGCGUACGCAAUGGUGGAAUAUUGUAUCACAACGAGCGAAUGCCGAAGGAAAAUAAUUUCCCAAUACUUUUCGGAAGUUUGGGGCGAGGACAACUGUAGCGCCAUGUGCGAUCGGUGCGUAAAUUCGGACCUGGUACGACCGCAGAAGGAAAUCGCCCCGUACGUCGAACAGCUUAGCCGGAUAAUAGAGAAAUGUGAUCUGGAGCAGACGAACGUAACCGGGCUUAAGCUUGUCGAUGCGUGGAUGCACAAAGGACCGAUGAAUCUGCGGCUAACCGAUCCAGCCCCACUGAUCGAUCGUACGAUCGCGGAACAGAUCGUAGCGUACCUGAUUGUGAAAGGCUAUCUGAAGGAAUCGUUCGUUUACACGCCGUACGCAACGCUUAGCUACAUCAAGCGCGGAACGGUGCGCGUUACGAACGAUACGCUAAAAUUCCGGUGUGGCAAGUUGUUUCCCCUCGUUCCUGACGCCGAACGCACCACGACAAAUGGACAAACAACACCAACGGCUAGUAAAGGGAAAAAGCGGGUGUCGUCUGUUGUAAAGACGAAUGGAACCAGUCCCAUGGUGGGUGGUAGUAAGGGCAAACGUACUAGAAGAAGGAUUGACAGCGAUAGUGACGAUCAUUCUUCGCUAGAAAGUGAAAAGUCCGAUGAAGAAGUGAUUGUUGCUCCGAACGAGGUAGAAGUUAUAGAGCUUGAUGGGGACUAA